GUUUUAAAAAAAAGGCUAUACCUCUCGGCUCUCACCGAAAUAAAAAUUAUGAGCUUCGAUCCGUGAGUGUUGCAAACCAACAGAGUUCCCUACCUCUGAUAAUUUCACUCCCACCAAAUUGCUUUCUAGCCCAAAAGACGAAAGAAACCAGAAACAUACAUCCCCACAUUCUCAAGAGUUGUCACAUUUCCGUAUAUUUUUUUCUCUCCUUCUAUAUUUUCUUCCACCAUGGCUUUUCUUCAAUCGCUGCUUCGCCUUCUUCUUCUGCGGUUGUUGAUCAUGAUAAACGAACUGCAGCAGCGCUCUGUUUCUGCAACACAUGGAACAGUCGUAUUGCCCCUCAAAGUCCAGACGCUACUCUCACCUGGUUCUGCACGAAAACCUCCAGACAAACUCCCUUUCCACCACAACGUGACCCUAACAGUCUCACUCACCGUAGGCUCGCCCCCACAGAGAGUUACCAUGGUCCUCGACACGGGGAGUGAACUCUCGUGGCUUCACUGCAAAAAAAACCCAAACUUGCACUCCAUAUUCAACCCACUUCUAUCUUCUUCCUACUCUCCAAUCCCAUGCUCCUCGCUCGCCUGCAAAACACGUACCAAGACCCUACUCCAACCUGUAUCCUGCGACCCGAAUAAGCUCUGCCACGCGACUGUCUCCUACGCGGACGCCUCGUCCAAUGAAGGCAACCUCGCGUCCGAGACGUUCUAUAUUGGAAAUUCGUCCCGACCAGGUACGAUAUUUGGGUGCAUGGAUUCCGGUUUCAGUUCCAACUCCGAAGAGGAUUCCAAGACCACCGGAUUGAUGGGCCUGAACCGGGGGUCUUUGUCGUUUAUCAGCCAAAUGGGUCUCCCGAAAUUCUCGUAUUGCAUAUCGGGCAGUGACUCGUCAGGUGUUUUGCUUUUCGGUGAAGCGAGUUUCACUUGGCUCCGACACUUGAACUACACCCCUCUGGUUCAAAUCUCAGACCCGUUACCGUAUUUUGAUCGGGUAGCUUACACGGUUCAGCUUGAAGGUAUUAAAGUGUCGGCUAAAAUUUUGGCACUUCCGAAAUCCGUCUUUGUACCGGAUCAUACCGGGGCAGGUCAGACCAUGGUCGAUUCGGGCACUCAGUUCACUUUCCUACUGGGCCCGGUUUACACCGCUUUGAAGAACGAGUUCAUUGAACAAACGAAGGGAAUACUGAGUCCUUUGGAUGACCCCAAUUUCGUUUUUCAAGGAGCGAUGGACUUGUGCUUCGGAGUCCCCUCUAGUGGAAGGAGUUUGCCCCAGUUACCAGCAGUGACCUUAAUGUUCCGAGGGGCCGAAAUGGUGGUAUCGGGAGAGAGGUUAAUGUAUCGGGUACCGGAAAUGGUGAGGGGUGGUAAAUCGGUGUAUUGUUUCACAUUUGGGAACUCGGACUUGUUGGGCAUGGAAGCUUUCCUGAUUGGUCACCAUCAUCAGCAGAACUUGUGGAUGGAGUUCGAUUUGGUGAAUUCUAGGGUCGGUCUAGCAGAGGUUAGAUGUGCUCUUGCAAGUCAAAGGCUGGGCUUGGAUCUCUAGCUAGCUGCUGCUGCUAAAGUUUGAAGCAAAAGUAAGUUUUAGGCCUAGUUGUGACCAUGCAUUGUACCCAAAGCAAGUUUUAUGAGUGAUUUCAGAAUUGGGUUUUCCAUGACCCACCUAAACCAGGACACUACUUGAGGUCUCCAAUUAAUUAUCAGGCAGUUGUGCCUUCUUUUCCUUGUUUUAAAUAACAGAUUUGCGUGUAGAUGGUUGCAGCAGCCACACUAUUAGGUUUGAUGUGUCAUAGCGAGCUAGUACUUAAGGGUUAUGUUCAUGGUGAUGGCUCUGAGAACCCACUCAUGGAGUUCUGAACGCUUCUUACAGUGCAGGCUGGCCACUUUCAGAGGAGCCGUACGUAUGACAUCUUACUGUAUAAAGCACGUCAUGUCACUGAACAUUUACCUAAAGUUGUACCAAAUUUCUCAAAUAUUUUUUUCAGAAACAUGCA